ACCCCUGCUUCCGCUUGGUGAAACCACGCAUGUGUUGAUCCGUGCUGCAGCAACGUGCAUCAGUUCCUCUCUGACCCCAGAGUUAAUCUGCAUUCAGACUGAGGCUCUACUGGUUUUCUCAGCUGCUCCAUAUCAGUGUAGCUUAUUACGGUUGGGGGGGGGGGCUUCGCUGUCUCUGGUAGUGUUUUUUUUUUUUAAGGCCCUGUUAGUGGCUGUCGAUUCGGCAACAGACACGCAAAGAAAAAAAAAAAAAAAAAAAACGAAAAAAAAAAAAAAAAAACGAGCGAUACCAAGUCAGGCUUUCGACUCGCAUCGAUUUUGUUUUGGCUGAUUUGACUCCACCGCACGUCCGCCUCGGGUCCAGAUUUGCAGACCCGCUACUGCUAGCGUGCGUAAUGUAUCGUAGAGAAGAAACACAGUAAAUAGACGGACACGUCCAUCUGCAAUAAAGAGGAAACGAAGAUGGUGAUGAUGGCUCCACCAAAUUUAGUCUCCAAAUGCUCGACAGCAAUGGCGAAGCCUUCCCUCCCCCUGAAGCUGUUUCUCUGGGUGUUUAUUGUCGUUAAUCUCCCUUCAAGCUCUUUCCAGACUGAUGACGAUGAUGAGGUGUCUAACAAGACGUGGGUGCUGACUCCCAAAGUGUAUGAGAGUGACGUCACACACAUCCUCAACAGCCUACUAGAUGGAUACGACAACAAACUCCGGCCUGACAUUGGAGUUAAACCAACAGUGAUCCACACAGAUAUGUUUGUCAACAGCAUCGGUCCAGUAAAUGCCAUCAAUAUGGAAUACACCAUCGACAUAUUUUUUGCUCAGACCUGGUACGACAGAAGGUUAAAAUUCAACAGCACGAUGAAGGUCCUGCGCCUUAACAGCAACAUGGUCGGAAAGAUCUGGAUCCCGGACACUUUUUUCCGCAACUCAAAGAAGGCUGACGCCCACUGGAUCACCACACCCAAUCGCAUGCUUCGAAUCUGGAAUGAUGGUCGAAUACUCUACACCCUCAGGUUGACCAUCGAUGCAGAGUGCCAGCUUAAACUGAACAACUUCCCAAUGGAUGAGCACUCAUGUCCCCUGGAGUUUUCAAGCUAUGGCUACCCCAGGGAGGAGAUUGUGUACAAGUGGAAAAGGAGCUCAGUUGAGGUUGGGGACAUUCGCUCCUGGAGGCUCUACCAGUUCUCCUUUGUGGGUCUGAGAAACACCUCUGAGAUUGUCAGGACUGUCUCAGGAGACUAUGUGGUGCUGACCGUCUUCUUUGACCUGAGCAGGAGAAUGGGUUACUUCACCAUUCAGACUUACAUCCCAUGCACCCUUAUUGUUGUCCUGUCCUGGGUCUCAUUCUGGAUCAACAAGGAUGCUGUACCUGCCAGGACAUCAUUAGGCAUCACCACUGUGCUGACCAUGACCACGCUGAGUACUAUUGCCAGAAAAUCCCUUCCAAAAGUUUCUUAUGUGACUGCCAUGGACCUGUUCGUGUCUGUUUGCUUCAUCUUCGUCUUCGCUGCACUUAUAGAGUAUGGCACACUGCACUACUUUGUCAGUAACAGGAAGCCAAGUGCCAAAAAGGACAAGAAGAAGAAAAACCCGCUCCUCCGGCUCUUUUCCUCAAAGCAGACACCCACGGUAGACAUCCGUCCACGCUCGGCCACAGCCAUUCAGAUGAACAACGCCACGCAUAUGCAGGAGCGAGAUGAGGAAUAUGGUUAUGAGUGUCUGGAUGGGAAGGACUGCACCAGCUUCUUCUGCUGUUUCGAAGACUGCCGCUCCGGAGCCUGGCGGCACGGCAGGUUGCACAUCCGCAUUGCAAAGAUAGACUCAUAUGCACGCAUCUUCUUCCCUACUGCAUUUGGUCUCUUCAACCUGGUCUACUGGGUCUCCUAUCUCUAUCUCUAGGCCUGGGUGUGCAUCCAGCCUUAUCAUACAGUCCACUACAUUUUACAUAUGCUCUGUGCCAGCAAGGGACAUUUUGAAGGAGGGGACCCACUACUGAAAUAUCCAAUGAUUUGAUUUAAAGCUGUUGCUUUAAUUCCCUAGUUUUAUUCUCUUUGAAUUGAAGUCAUUCAUUUUGACAUUGCAAAUGGUGUAGCAUUACAUUUAAAUGGUAUGAGGAGGUCUGUAGGUGUGUUGUGAAAACAUUGAUUGUGUGAGUAAUUAACGAGAGUUUUCUUUUUGUUGUCAUGAUUUCAUUUUGAACUUUUUAUAUCUUCCUUUCUUCUCAAUUGGGUUUUUAUUGAGACAAAUACAUUCCUUCCAUAUUAAAUAGUUUAAUAAAUAGCAUUUCAGAUCACAUCAGAAAUCUAAAUGAUAUCAACUGUCUUAUUUAUUUCCACUCAUUUUAUUCACUUAACAUACUAAAACACAAUCUGAAGCACUUUAAUAGAGCUAUGUUAGACAGUGACAUUGGAAUUCACUUUGAUGGUGUUCAUUUAUUUUCCAUUUAUUUAGCUUAGCGUUACCACAAUUAUACAUUGCAUUUUCUAUGUGUGGUCAGAGAGAGGUGAUGCUGUUUAUGAACAAUGCUCAACUGUACAGACGCUGUAUAUAUUUUACUAUUACAUAGUGGUUUACAUUUAUUGCAUGCACCUUUCAGGCCAAAAAUCAACAUGUUUUAUGGUCUUCUGUUGUUGGCUAUAGAAAAAAAAUGAGCACUGUUGAUUAUCAUGCAGGAUUUAAUUCAACUUUUUUUUUUCUAGGAAAACUGGAAAAAGAAAUGAUAAAAAUGUGCCCAGUUUAUUCUUUUGAGUUGAGGAAUUGUCUUUGCAUACAGGUGGGAGGAUCAGCCCUGAAUUUCAGGCCAGACAAUUGAUUUAAUCAUUUUCCUCGCAGCCAUUAGCUUACUGUAUAGACAACAGUGACCUCUCAUCCUCUCCUCCAUUUGCCAUUAAAAGUGUGCAUUUACAUAAUGACACACUGCUGUCGAAUUUUGGUUAUGCAAGCUUUUACAAGAGAUGACUGUACUGAAGCAAGUUAGGUUCUCUCAUAAAAACUCAUCUUUUUUUUUUCCAUUUUCCAUUAGAGUGAUAACUGCAACUGUUUUGCCUUCAAAUAGAAGGAUUCAGACUACACGUUAAUGAAAAUGUUACUACAGACAGCUGUUGGUGUGUUAUGAAAUCUCUGUAGUAGAACAGGGUUCAUUCUACAUGUCAUUCUGAGAUUAGCAGCAAACAAACCAAACAAGCCAAAAAAUAUGAAUUGAUUAUAAAUAACUUUAGGAGCUUCAGUGAAGUACAAUAAAAAAAAAGCAUCUGCUUGUGUCGAGACCAGAUGUGUGAGCCUUAUGAUAAAACAUUCAAUUCCCGUCUCUUUGAGAAGAAACGUUAAUAAUCACACAGUGAGGUUACUGAUUCACCGGCUGGGCAAAAGUUCAUUUAUUUAUUUAUUUAUCUUUUGUUAUGUUUCUUUUUUUCUUUUAAAAUUAAAAUUUACUUUGAAUUAUGUGAUGUUGUGUUAAGAUUAGGUGUGAAGACAGAAGAGAACACAACGAAAGCAUCUGAACUGUGUAUGAUAACAUAAAGAAAAAUCACAGCCCCUUUCAGAUUGAUUAUGAUAGACACCAGUAUGCAACAAAAAGAGACAGUGCUUCAGUAUGAUUUGUAAUCUCACAAGGAAUCACAUUUUCUUUGUACAUGAAUUAUGAAAGGAAGAAAUCACUUGUCAAGCCCUUGGAAUUUUGUAAAAGGGUAUAUAUUUUGUAAUUUCAACAUUGUUACAGUAUAUCAUUAAACAGUAUAUUAGACUUAUUGUAUUAUGCUGAAUGACCAUGUAGAAUACUUUGGGGUAAUGGGGUAUUUAUUUAUUUAUGUAUUCAUUGAUGGUGUUUAUUUAUUUAUUUAAUUGAAAGUACUUUAUGUCCAUACAGGCCCUGAAAAGAAACACAGAAUGCCGUCAUUUAUAUCAAAGAUACAUGUGUCAAUGGAGCCUGAGCUUAUUUAUCUUGUGUUUUCUAUGUUGUGAUCAAUGUACACUACUCUCACAAAGGCCUGUCAAACUGUCAUAUCUGUUGAACUAGUGAGUUGCAACAUUACCCAUGCAGCUUCUUAAAAGUAGACUUGAAUAUUUUCAGGGGGAGGGGAAACACACACACACAAACACACACACAAAAAAAAAAAACAGUUCCCAAACCACCAGUAGAAAAACAUUUGCUUGGUUUGAAGCAAUUAUUAAUUAUUUCCACUUUUUUCCACCUUCCAGCCACAGGUUUCUAUUGGUCUUGAUCAUUAAUAAAGCAUCAGUGAUGAUAAUAACAUAUGCAUUUAACAUAUUAUCUCAUAUUUCCUGAAGUUCUUUCCCUUAUGUAUUUAACGGUGGUCCUGUUGUGUUCCAAAGCUGCUACCUAGUAGUCUAAACCUGUCCUCAGUGUGCACAUACUCUCACAUGUUUAGGGAUGUAAGCGUGUCAAUAGCAAUGUAGGCUGGUCAUCAUCAGUGUUCAGUAGUUUACAGAAGUGUAAAAGAGUGAUUACAUCGUAUAAAGUGCCAAACUGACACACAUGCAAUAGAGAAUAUCAAAUAUCUUUUGUGAAUCCACGUAUUCUGCUUUGUGGAAAGCAAAACAUAUGACGCUAAAAGUGAGUGUUUUCCUGAAGGAAAUGCUAUACAAUGAAUGUUGGUCACAGCGAUGUUCUCUCUGACAUUGUUUUUUGUUUGUUUUUGCGUUUUUUUUUUUUUGUUUGUUUUUUUUAUAAUAGUACAGAACCAAAAGCAUGAAGACAAGACAAAUAAAAAACAAUUAUUAUAUCAGGGUGAACUGGAAAACAUUUUUGAUUCAGUCUAUAUCCGACUUUAUUUAGAAACCCAUCUUACUGAUAACCGAGCAUGUCUUGUGUUUGAACAGUGGUGCAGAAAACAAACAUACUUUGUGGUAUUUUUUUUCCUCCAUAAUGGUAAAAGCUUGUUUAUUAUUUCUUUAUUAUAUUUUUGUGCACUCUACUGUAAAUGCAGAGAUACUGUAUAACGGUGUAUGGGAGAUACUGAAGCGUGUUUAUACUCAGUAGUGUGCAUGUUGAAUAUGGUUUCAGUCAAACAGGGAUGUUGAAGAAUUGGGACUAAUUCAAGCAUUGUUUCAUCUGGUCUCAGUCCUUUGCCUGCAUUGACAUGGACUUUUAUUACACUGUACUUAUUUUUGACAAAGUGAUUUUAUUUAUUUUUGGACC